UCACUUCAGGCUUUCCUCCCACGUAAAGCUGACAUUAACUGGUCUUGUCUCAUUUAAAAAAAAAAGUUGUGUGAAAAAUGCGAAAAAAAAAAUGAAUUCAUAUACAACAACUCAGAGUUACAUGUUUUCAUCUUGGCGUCUCAGAGAUCCUUAUGUCAUGAAUCCACAAAGUUAUUAAUGUCCAAAACCAAACGCGUUUGUGAAAACAAAUCGCCUCAUGAGACAGAUCUUAUAUUUUCAAGUGUCCUGUGCACGCAUAUAUAGAGUUUAACGAAAGACGAAUUAGUGACAUAAAACUCCUGGUUGAAACGUCUUCUACAUGAAUCACUGGCCACCCUGUUAUGUAAGCUGCAUGCGUCGACCCGGAAGUUAAAUACUCCAGUAGAGAUAAAGCGUCCCUGGUUGGCGAACUGAGGUUCGAAUAUACUAGAAGGGACAGGUCAGGAUAAUAAACUCCAUAUCUACUACGUGCGACCAUCAUGGAGAAGAGGAUUGGGACUCACAUGGUGUUUCUCGCUACGUUGAUUGUUAGUGUUUCAGUGUCUGGCCAGACAAUCCGACUGGUGUCCCCCCUGAACAACGGUGUUGGGAGAAUUGAGGUGUUCUAUAACGGUACAUGGGGCACUGUUUGUGACGAUGGCUUUGGGGCAGAUGAAGCCAAGGUGGCCUGCAGACAACUGGGACGAUAUAAAAGCGGACUUACACCAAGGGCAAUUCAACGUUUUGGAUUUGGAGGAGGAAAGAUUUGGUUGGAUGACGUGAGUUGUUCCGGUACCGAGUCAUCUUUGGCCAGCUGUUCACACAGACCAUUGGGCGCCCACAAUUGUCUUCACAGUGAAGAUGUUGGCAUCAUAUGUGAUCCAAGUGACAUAACGAUGAAGCUGACACCGAGCUACAACAAAGGACUCCUACAGGUGUACCACUCCGGUAGAUGGGGCACAGUGUGUGAUGACUAUUUCGGCCUAGUAGAAGCUUCAGUUGUGUGCAAGGCACUUGGAUACCAAGGGGGAAAGGUAAUCGAUGAAAGCAGUUCAAUAACAAUGUGGUUAGAUGACGUGCAGUGCACGAUGCGGAAUACAGAUCUGAAAUACUGCAAGCACAGACAAUGGGGGAGUGAUGACUGUAGCGACUCUGAAGCUGUUGGUGUCCAGUGUUUUUCAUUUCCUGAAGAUUCUACAGCGGCAAGACUUGUAUCCACCACCAACACGCCAGGGGAGGGAGUGCUGGAGCUGUACCAUGGUGGACAAUGGGGAAGAGUCUGCUGUAUUGGGUUCGGAGUGGAAGAGGCAACAGUUGCCUGUAGAAUGUUGGGACACAACACCAUUGGGGCCCUCGCCAGCUCAUAUCUAAAUACCGUCAGUUCAUCACGGCACGUCAUCCUAGAUAAAGUCAAGUGUCUUGGCACAGAGCUCUCUCUCAAUGAAUGUCUUCACUAUCCAUGGGGCAGUGUUACCUGUUCCUCAAUAGUAGUCGGAAUACAGUGUCCCUCUGCUGAUCUUCAAAUACGCUUGAAUUCGACAACUCGUGGACGGGGUCGGGUAGAAGUACUUCACAACGAUGUCUGGGGAACAGUUUGUAGAGGGUCGUCGUUUUCCUCACAGGAGGCACAAGUUGUGUGUAAAAUGGCAAAUCUGCCCUGGACGACCGCCUAUGUGACUACAUCUUAUGGACCAGGUGAAGGAAUUAUUUGGCUGAGUAACGUCGACUGUACGGGAACCGAGACCUCCCUGGAUCAGUGUUCCCAUUCUGGUUGGGGAACAGCGAUAAGCUGUGCUCACAGUAGUGAUGUGGGCGUGGUGUGUCGUGGAGCUACCCUGAAUAUCCACCUUGAGCCGACAGGAAGUGUCCUCAACGUCAUCAUUGGUCAGGUGGUCAGCGUCAAGUGUGUGGUCGGUUACUCGAACUCCCCGGUCACUUCGUUCAGAUGGACACACAGUGGACAAUCAUACAGUGGGCAAACCUUCAGUAAAACAAUAACUUCCAAAGCUGACUCUGGCAGUUUAACAUGCAGUGUAGGGAAUGUCCACGCCUCCACUCGACUCAGUGUUCUGUACCCGCCGGUGGUACAUCUGGAGCCAAGAAAUCACAGCCUGGAUAUCGGUGUGGGUGAAGACCUCCGUGUACGGUGUGUAGUGGAUGACGCCAACCCAAGUGUGCACACAUUCCAGUGGUCUCACAACGGACAAACGAGUACUGGCUCGACAUUCCUCAAGCGUAACAUAUCCAAGUCUGACCAAGGACAACUGACCUGUACUGCUGAUAAUGGACACAUGAUGGCACCUGGAAGGGCAGCUACUACAAUACAUGUAACAUCUGCCCUGGUAAUCCACCUUGAGCCACAAGGAAGUGUCCUCAACGUCCUCCUUGGUCAGGUGAUCGGUGUCGUGUGUGUGGUCGACUACUCCAACUCCCCGGUCACUUCGUUCCGCUGGACACACAAUGGACAUUCCUACAGUGGACAAGCCUUCAGUAAAACAGUAACAUCCAAGUCCGACUCUGGCAGUUUAACAUGCAGUGUAGGGAAUGUCCACGCCUCCACUCGAAUCAACGUGUGGUACCCGCCAGUGGUACAUCUCGAACCAAGAAAUGACAGCCUGGAUGUCGGUGUGGGUGAAGACCUUCGUGUACGGUGUGUAGUAGAUGACGCCAACCCAAGUGUGCACACAUUCCAGUGGUCUCACAACGGACAAACGAGUACUGGAUCGACAUUCCUCAAGCGUAACAUAUCCAAGUCUGACCAAGGACAACUGACCUGUACUGCUGAUAAUGGACACAUGAUGACACCAAGAAGGGCAGCUACUACAAUACAUGUAACAUCUGCCCUGGUAAUCCACCUGGAGCCGCCAGGAAGUGUCCUCAACGUCCUCCUUGGUCAGGUGAUCGGUGUCGUGUGUGUGGUCGACUACUCCAACUCCCCGGUCACUUCGUUCCGCUGGACACACAAUGGACAUCCCUACAGUGGACAAGCCUUCAGUAAAACAGUAACAUCCAAGUCCGACUCUGGCAGUUUAACAUGCAGUGUAGGGAAUGUCCACGCCUCCACUCGAAUCAACGUGUGGUACCCGCCAGUUGUACAUCUAGAACCAAGCAAUGACACCCUGGAUGUCGGUGUGGGUGAAGACCUCCGUGUACGGUGUGUUGUGGAUGACGCCAACCCUGGUGUUUACACAAUCCAGUGGUCUCACAACGGACAAUCAUGUAAUGGAUCGACAUUCCUCAAACGUAACAUAUCCAAGUCUGACCAAGGAGAACUGAUCUGUACUGCUGAUAAUGGACACAUGAUGACACCUGGACGAGCAGUUGCAACUGUAAACGUUAGAUACCCACCAGAGAUCCACCUGUCACCAAGGCAAGAUGUCAUCAGUGUCAUGGCUGGAGAUGCCGUUGAAGUCGAAUGUGUCGUCGACGACGCCAACCCUGCUGUCACCUCGUACAUGUGGUGUCACAACAACAAUAUCAGUCACGGACAGACGUUUAUGAAACAUGUGUCUUCUUCUGAUGCGGGAAACUUAUCAUGCUCUGCUACGAAUGAACAGGGAACAUCUACUGUACAAACAACGAUCAACGUCUUGCAAGCUUCCUCGUUGAUCAUGAGUGAUAACACUACCAGCCAAAAUGAAGUGAUUGCCAUAGUAACAGGAUCCGUUGGCAUAGUUACCAUGAUCCUGCUCCUUAUCAUCAUUAUACACCUGAGGAGGCGACUGCAACUUCCAACGAACCGCAAAGCAAAAGAAAAAUCAAAGAGAUCUGAACGGGCGUCCAGAUCAGAUGCAAUACCUGCAAGACCCCAAACAGAUUACGAGACCAUUGGAACACAAAGUGAAGGUGCUGAGAAUAUAUAUUGUCAAAUUCAAGAGACAGCAAUAACAGAUGCUGAUCCUGACGAUACCCAUCGCAACGAUGCAUUUGAAGAUGAAGAAGACAUAGACCAAAACUUAGAUGCUGAUCCUGACGAUACCUAUCGCAACGAUGCAUUUGAAGAUGAAGAAGACAUAGACCAAAACUUAGACCGUCCGAGAACCAGCCGACCAAGAGUUACCACCCCUGCACAGGAUCGCUACAUUCCACUGUUCCACCUUCGUCAUCGCAAAGCCAUAGCUACGGAGACUGCGGGACGCAUCCCUGGUUUCAGGAGGGUAUCAGACCCGACUGUCAGGAACCAUCUUCGCAAGGACAACACUCCCUCCAUUGCACACAACUCGUGUCUCGGAAGACUUCCUUCAUAAUGCCAACAUCAACGUUUUGCUCUGGCCGUCAAGAUCUCCAGAUCUCAACCCAAUCGAACACCCUGGGAUGAAUUCGAUCGACGUGUACGUCAACGCCAGAACGCGCCACAGACACUUCCACAACUGGCAAACGCGUAACAAACAGAAUGGCGAGAUACUGAGUUCAGCUCACCCUUGUGGCCUUAUGUGACAUGACAAUGAACAGUUUUCAAUGCC